CGUCAUUCGAGAUGAAGUAGAGAAAUAUAAUCGCAACGGGGUGAAUGCACUUCAGCUUGAUCCAACAUUAAACAGGCUGUUUACAGCCGGUCGAGAUUCCAUCAUCAGGAUAUGGAGUGUCAACCAACACAAGCAAGACCCUUACAUUGCCUCUAUGGAACACCACACGGACUGGGUGAACGACGUGGUGUUGUGCUGCAAUGGAAAGACCCUAAUAUCCGCAUCAUCUGACACUACAGUGAAAGUGUGGAAUGCUCACAAAGGAUUCUGUAUGUCUACGUUGCGGACUCAUAAGGAUUACGUGAAGGCACUAGCUUAUGCGAAAGAUAAAGAGUUGGUGGCUUCAGCAGGACUGGACAGGCAGAUUUUCCUCUGGGAUGUAAAUACUCUCACAGCACUGACAGCCUCAAAUAACACUGUCACCACCUCUUUUUCUGUAACAGCAUCAUCAUUGAGUGGGAACAAAGACUCCAUCUACAGCCUUGCCAUGAACCAGAUGGGAACAGUAAUAGUUUCUGGAUCCACUGAAAAGGUUUUGAGAGUGUGGGACCCCAGGACAUGCGCAAAACUGAUGAAACUUAAGGGACACACAGACAACGUGAAGGCACUCCUGUUGAACAGAGACGGAACACAGUGUUUGUCAGGCAGCUCAGAUGGAACCAUCCGGCUAUGGUCGUUGGGGCAGCAAAGGUGCAUAGCAACGUACAGGGUCCACGACGAGGGAGUUUGGGCUCUACAGGUCAACGAAGCCUUUACUCAUGUCUACUCUGGAGGGCGAGACCGAAAGAUCUACUGCACCGACCUGCGGAACCCAGACAUCCGAGUGCUGAUUUGUGAGGAAAAAGCACCAGUUCUCAAGAUGGAGCUCGACAGAUCAGCUGACCCCGCUCCAGCUAUCUGGGUGUCAACCACCAAGUCGUCAGUGAAUAAAUGGUCUAUGAAAGGUAUUCACAACUUCAGGGCAUCUGGGGACUACGACAAUGACGGCAAUGUCCCCUUAAGUCCUCUUUGCACACAGCCAGAGCAAGUAAUCAAAGGGGGUGCGAGCAUUAUCCAGUGUAACAUCCUGAAUGACAAGAGGCACAUUGUCACCAAAGAUACAAACAACAACGUGGCAUUUUGGGACGUGCUGAAGGCUUGCAAAGUAGAAGACCUUGGAAAAGUCGAGUUUGAAGAAGAAAUCAAAAAACGAUUCAAAAUGGUGUACGUGCCAAACUGGUUCUCUGUGGAUCUGAAAACAGGGAUGUUGACAAUCACUUUAGACGAGAGCGACUGCUUUGCGGCCUGGGUGUCGGCUAAGGAUGCCGGAUUCUCCAGCCCGGAUGGCUCUGAUCCAAAAUUGAACCUGGGAGGGCUUCUCCUUCAGGCCUUGCUGGAGUAUUGGCCAAGAACUCACAUCAUUCCCAUGGAUGAAGAGGAGAAUGAGAUGAACCUGGUUAACGGCGAACAGGAGAACCGAAUACAGAAAGGGAAUGGGUAUUUCCAAGUGCCACCACACACCCCAGUCAUAUUCGGUGAGGCAGGCGGGCGGACCCUCUUCAGGCUUCUGUGCAGGGACGCUGGGGGCGAAACCGAAUCCAUGCUUCUGAACGAGACCGUCCCUCAGUGGGUCAUUGACAUCACUGUCGAUAAAAACAUGCCCAAAUUCAACAAAAUCCCGUUCUAUCUCCAGCCACAUUCGUCUUCGGGAGCUAAGACCCUUAAGAAGGAUCGACUGUCAGCCAGCGACAUGCUGCAGGUGCGGAAGGUGAUGGAGCACGUCUACGAGAAGAUAAUCAAUCUGGAUAACGAAUCGCAGACCACCAGCUCCUCCAACACGGAGAAGCCGGGAGAACAGGACAAGGAUGAAGACAUCGCUGUCCUGGCAGAGGAGAAGAUUGAGCUGCUUUGUCAAGAUCAGGUGCUGGAUCCAAACAUGGACUUGCGGACAGUCAAGCAUUUCAUCUGGAAGAGCGGGGGUGACCUGACCCUGCAUUACCGACAGAAGUCAACGUGAUGUCUAAUUGGA